AUGGUAAAAUAUAUACAGACACUUCUGCUCGUAUGUCUUCUUGUUCUCGUGAAUUCAAAAGCAGUUCCAGAAAGAAUGGUAUGUUUAAAUCAUCCUCCUUGUUUCUGUAAUAUUCUUCAUUUGUCUUUUUUCUAUCAAAUCUUAUAGGAAACUGCUACAUAUUCUAUAAUGUUACAUAUCCAACUAACCUUUAACAACUCUGACGCAUAAAAAUGACAAAUUUAAAUAUGUGGAACCAAUUAUGGUGCUAACAGUUGCAGGCUGUGCAUAAAAAUAGCUAAUGUUUAAUUUGAUGACCUGUUAAGACUAUAUCUGACCCAUGCCCGAAUUGAAAAACUUGCUCCCUUGUCAAAAAUCGUAGUUUAAUAUUUGUGCAUUUGCCCUUGCCAUCGCUAAAGAUAUAGUAACCAUGAGUAUAUAUUCGAGAAAAAUGUUAAAAAAUGUUCCAUUUUCAAAUGUUUUGACAUAACAGACAGAGCACAUAUGAUAAGAUUAUCACGGGCAACACACAUUUUUUUACAUUCAAAAGAUGUAAAAAGACUAACUAUCGAUGGUGAAUCGAGAAAUGUGCUAUAAAACGAGCCAAGUUUGGGUUUAAAUUCUUCACUUUUUACAGCGAAUACAGUCAACAAAUUCAAGUGUAAUGCACGAUAUAUAAAACGAAUUUCAUGUUGUAUUGAAGAGAAACUCGACGUAAAUACAGUUUCGGCCAAUAUAGUGUAAUGUCUGUAAAACAAAAUUGAAAACAUAAUGAUUAAUUCUGUGUUGGUGUUAUGUACUCAGGUAAAUGUGAUGUUUGUGAUGUUACUCUGAGUGCUUGCCCGGUGUGGAUAUACACUCAGAGUAACAUCACAAACAUCAUAUUACAUCAAUACAUGAUUAAUGGCAACUGAAGCCAAUAUUGACCACCAAUAACUCUCAUGACUUAUUGUGAUGCAUGACUCAUUCCCAAACCACAGAGAUCAAUUAAGCAGCAGGAAAAUUUGGCAAAUUAUUUUCUUUGCUUUCAUAUCGAGCCAGCAGGAUUUUAAGAUUCAAAGGUACGUCUAUUAAUGAACUCCGUAAUCUUUAUUUAAGGGAACGGCGAUAUCUGCAUAUUGUUCUUUUUCUUCAAUAUUUUUGAAAAUCACGAAAUACUUCUAUUUACUUAUAUCACGUUGCUUGUAUUGAGUCCCAAGAAUGGAUACCUCAACAUAAUAACACUGGGAUUUCAUAUAUAGGAAUAUUGCAUAUUUAUAGUCUUGUCUCUCCAUAUAUCAUCUAAUUCAUCAUCACUUCAAUGAAUGAUAAAACAAAGUUGGUUGCUAAAACGUGAUCGACUGACAAAUGUCGCAAUAUAUAUCUAAAAAUAAGCUCGCGCAUAAUUGGGAUUUUCGAUCUAUUUAAAAAAAACAUUAAAAAAUCGCAUUCUGACAAUAAUUUUUCCCAGAUAUUUUUUGCGUAAUGUGAGAGGUUUUAAAAUUAUAAAAACGAUUUUAUGUGCAGGGUAUAACUUCUAAAAUGCUUGAUCCCGUAUUUAUGCAUCCAUGAAUAUAACAUUGAAAAAGACUUGAUUGAAAGACGUUUGUCGCCUUUAUGACAACAAGGCGUGCUGUUUUCUGAUGACGGUACAGUUUUGUCCUCAAUGAUCUCAGUUGAAACAGUCAUGCAAACUUUGAAUUUGCGUAUAUAAAAAUCUUUUUCUAGUACUAUGGCUAAUUUCGUCCCGACUUAAACCAGAUCUUUUUCUUAUUUUUUUAAACCAGACCUUUUUUCUUGACCUUUUCCUUGGGCACAGGCUAUUUUAUUGAGACCUGCAUGUUUAUAAACUUGUUUUCAGCUCUUUUCCAGCAGAGAUACUGUUGUCAGUUGAAUUAGAUCAUGGUGUUAUAAAACAUACCUCGUUGUUUUUUUUAUAUAAAAAAAGAUAUGAUGUGCAUAGCUGCAUGCAUGGUAACCACGCGGGCAAAGUGGAUUGCCUUGAGGAAGUUAUAUACCCCUAUACCUACACUGACGCAGACUGUUCAAGCUUGUCUAAGCAGGUUGUGGAAGGCAAAAGGGAAUUAAAUUCAAUCCAGAUUCACAUAUACCAAGAUUUUUCUAAUCGACAGAUCUUGAGUGAGAUAUUGAUUUUUUAAUGAGACAUUUUGUUGCCGGCAAGAAAAUUCUAUGAUGCGGGCGUACGUCUGAUCAAUCCUCAGUGUAAUUAAAGCUAAACGCCUAUCUUAAUUUAGAUUCGUGUGCACAGGCUAAAAUUUAGGUUGCAAAAGACCACCAGCCUAACCAAUUCAUAAAUAGAGGACAUGAUUUAACACAGAGAGCUAUCAUAUACCGUACGUGACCAGGUUUGCCAGAUUGCUGAAUAUUAUACAAAUAUUAUUACAAUAAUCUUUUGUUUUCUCUGUUGGAAACAAAGCAUCAAAGGCCCGCUUAUAACAAUGUUUGGCUUAUAUAUUCAGCAAUCUGGCAACCCUGUACGUGACUGCCACUAUAUAAGCCAACUGCCUACAGGCAACAUAUUUUCCAAACGAGUUGGCUGAAAAUAGAUUUAAUGUGCAUGCAUCUUUAAAAUGUUAAAGUUCACAGAAUUUGGCUCUCUAUUGCUAUACAGUCACCUUGCAAGACACUCUAACCUAAUUUAAUAAUGAUAGGCUUGACGAUCUGUGCCAGUGCAUGUGGCGACGAUGACAAGAUAAUGGGAACUACUUGAAAAUAUAAGCAUUUUCAAAUAUAGUUGUAUUCCUUUCAAUCCACAUACAUGCAGCUGUGGUAAUAGGCUUGGUAUGUAGUUAUGAAAUCACUCCUUUUGGUUUUAUUGGAUGUGGUCUUCCAAAACGGAAGAAGGUAUAGAAACCACUAUUAUCAAGCAAUCCCACGAGACUUACCACAAAAGCAGAUGGAAGUCAAAUAAUGAGAUUCUAAUGAGACUCUAAUGAAUUUUUUUGGUUUAGUCCACUUAUCGAACUGGAGCUUUGGUGAAAGCCAUCAAUUUCAGUUCUUCACACAAAACAAUAAUGUGAAUUAAUGCCAUUGCAAUGGUCGCGUGAAAAACAAAAGAGCCAAAAGAAAGCAAUUUUUCUCUUUUUUGCGAAUGCAGUGUAUAUUACAACCCAUUAUUUUUUGCUACUUAUAUGUGUUGAAAACAGGUCAAAAACGGUCACAUAAAAUGACAUAAACAAUAUACUACUCUCGCAAUGCUUCACAUCAUCCAAAUAUUUCAGAUAGUCAUUAAUAUUCAUACGAGCAAAACUCGGUACAUAUCGUUGUCGUGAUGCUACGGUAAUAUAUUUCAACGUUCACAUUUCUCUUUAACUGCUUGUUGGCCGCUGUGGGAUUAUAUAUAUUACACUCUCCAAGUCUAUAACGAAGUUGUGUCAAGUCUUGUUCUUUUGAAUCACAUCUGAGUUUCGAACAAACUAGCUUGUUCUGGUGUAUAAUAUAUUUACCUGGGGGUAUCAUAUCAUAUCUCUCAUCAAAUUGAAAUUAUUUGUCGGUACAUUGUGCCAUAUCAUAGAAAAUGGGAGGCUAUAUAUAGUUAAGGUGACCCUUAAUCCCUUAAUUGAAUCCCUGUUCUGUUGUAAUAGAUUUAUCAGCCAUUAGACAAAGAAAGUAGUUAAUUUAGCAUAAGACCCAACCAAUUUUCCCUGAAGCAAUAGGGGUAUACAUGCACGAGUUCCAAUAGACCUUUCCCCUUUUGAGUGAAAUUUUGAUCUGGACAAGUCUGGACAAAAAUUUCAUCACAGCUUGAAAAAGCAUCACAAAUGUAGUAAUAUUCCGAAGUUUCGUUGCGAAAUGUUGUAAAAUGCGGAUAAUAUAGCCUUGCGAAGUUUGCCGUUUUUCAGUCAUUUUGUAUUACAAAUGGGAAAUUGAUGAUCAGUUUGAUCAUCUGAUUAUCAAUUUCCCGUUUGUAAUGCAAAAUGACUGAAAAACAGCAAACUUCGCAAGGCUGUAUAUUAUCCGCAUUUUACAACAUUUCGCAACGAAACUUCGGAAUAUUACUAAUUUUGUGAUGCUUUUUCAAGCUGUGAUGAAAUUUUUGUCCAGGCGUGUCUAGAUCAAAAUUUCACUCAUAAGGGGAAAGGUCUAGCUAUUCCUUUGAUAAAAUUUUAAGAUUUGUGUCAGGCGUUCAACAUGCGCAUCACAUCCAUUUCUAACAUGAUCACUAGGACGCAAUAAGAUUGGGAAUGUUCCAAAAGGAUGUCGUAAAAACUUCCUCGAAAUAUUUUCUCUACGUGGUCUAUUUGCUGACUCAAAGUUUGGGAAGAUUUUGCGCACAAUGUGCAGGGUUAACGUGUUGUGCGCAAUUGCAUUCCGCUGCGGGUCAACUUACGCACGUAGGAAUGAGUGUUUGUGUUGUACCCUGCAUAUUUAGUAUUCGUGUUGAGUCUUCCCGUUGGCUUUUGUCAUUCUUUUGCAGCUAGUGUUGGCGUGAAAUAGAACCAACCUACGCAUAUUGACCCACCCUUAUUUUUUUCUAAUCACAAUUCGUGCUGAGUCGUUGCUUUGGAGAAGUUGAGUCAUCUCCGCAGAAUACGAGGUAGAGAACUUUAGGUGAAGAUGUUCGUAAAAAUUCACAAUUGGUGAGACCUAUACCCGGGGUUCUGGACGUACAAAGUUUAGCUGCACUGCCUUUUAAGUAUAAGUUGUACAUUGUUUCGCUAUCAAAUAUUAGCUAAGCAUCUAGCCACAACCGCAAAUAGCAACAUUACCACCUAACAAACUAACAAAACUCUCUGAGGCUCAAAUCAUACCAAUUAUACUUUGGAAACAUCACUUCUUUCACGAAUGUUUAUGAAUUUUCUACUCUCUUCGCAGACAAAUGAAAUAGAGGCUAGAAGUUCUGUGUCAAAAAACGUGGUUGCAGAUCUAUUGAAUAGUGUUCUUGUUAAAUCCAGACGAAAAAAGCAAAAUGUCCAAAGAGUGAAACGGUCAAAUAAAUGGUCAGGGUAUAUAUUGGUAUCACCAUAUUGUAUACCAGGCACUAUUGAUUGUCCGUGUGAUGCUUGCGAUUAUUGUUGUAAAGGACAAUGUAACAGCAGUGGCAGGUUAGUAGUCUUGGACGGAAUUUAUCCAAUAUUACCAUUGGUCAUACAAGAAUAUAGCACAAGCAUAUCUCGUACUCAAUAAUUGAUGAGUUGGUAAACAUUGUACUGGAUAGCUCUAUCAGUUCUAAAGUGGUGUUCGUAUAGAGAUCCAGCAGAACCAAUCUUAUUGAUCCAGUGUUACUACAGGAGGAAACCUAAACUAAACUAACUUUGUUUAUACUGGAUAGCUCUAUCAGUUCUAAACUGUUCUCCAUAGAGGUCCAGUAAGGAUCAUCUCUUAUUGAUCCAGUGUUAUUACAGGAGGAAACCUAAACUAAACUAUAUUGUUCUUCGUAGAGGUCCAGGGUCGUCUAUUAUUGUUCCAGUGUUAUUACAGGAGGAAACCUAAACUAAACUAUAUUUAUACUGGAUGGCUUCAUCAGUUCUAAACUGUUCUUCCUAGAGAUCCAGUAAGGAUCAUCUCUUAUUGAUCCUUUGUCACUACACACUUAAAACCUGGCGUAUUCUCAUUUUAAAACAAUUGUUUAACGGACCUUUCUUUUACUUUAGCGCUCCGUGCGCAUGUUGA